AUGGGAGAAACUAAGCCAUUGUUGGCGGUUCUUCUCAUACAAGUAAUUUACGCGGGCUAUUUCUUGCUGACAAAGCUUGCAUUCGAUGUGGGAAUGAACACUUUUGUGUUCGUUUUCUACAGACAAGCAAGCGCAACACUUUUCUUAGCCCCUAUUGCCAUCUUCAUGGAACGGAAAAGCGCUCCACCAUUGUCGUUCUCGAUCUUCAUCAAGAUUUUCAUGCUUAGUCUAUUUGGGAUUACAAUGAGCUUAGACAUUGUUGGUGUAGGUUUGAAGUACACAUCAGCAUCAUUGGGGGCUGCAACUUCCAAUACCCUCCCUGUUAUAACUUUCUUUCUUGCAGUGUUACUAAGGAUGGAGAGAGUGAACAUAAGUACAAGCCCUGGAAUAUUGAAGGUGUGUGGAGUUGUACUCUGCAUGGGGGGCGUGGCGACAAUUGCCUUUUUUAGGGGCCCUUUUUUGAAAAUAUUGGUGCACCAUCACUUAGUACACAAUCACCUCACACUUGAGAGCCGUACAAUCCCUUCACCCAAUGCUUGGAUAAUGGGCGUCUUUCUCAUGCUCCUUGCUAACUUAUUUUGGGCCUUUUGGCUAGUUUUGCAGGGGCGAGUGCUAAAACACUACCCUUCAAAGCUGUUGUUGACAACUUUGCAGUGCUUUUUAAGCACAAUUCAGUCAUUCAUAGUUGCGGUUGCUUUUGCAAGAGACCCCAAUGAAUGGCAACUCGGAUGGAACAUUAGACUUCUAUCAGUUGCCUAUUGUGGAAUUGUGGUGACGGGUGUUACGUUUUACCUUCAAACAUGGGUUGUCGAGAAGAAAGGUCCGGUUUUCCUAGCCAUGACAACUCCACUAAUCAUGGUGUUCACAAUCGUUCUAUCGGCUUUUAUAUUAGGAGAGAUUAUUAGUUUCGGAAGUGUAUUGGGAGCAAUUCUUCUAGUGGGAGGGCUCUAUUUUGUGUUGUGGGGAAAGACUAAAGAGGCAAAAAUGGCAAAUUUAGCAAGCCAAUGUUCUCUUGGUGAUGCUGAGAAAGCUUGGGGAGGAUCAAAGGAAGAGAUAAUUGAUAAUUAA